UAUUGCCACACAAAAUGAUACAUGCUACAAGAACAGAUACUUCCGAAAGAAGAUUUGAAAUACAAUGUAAAUUAGAGACAGAGAUUGCCUCUUUAGAAGCAUUGAAGGAAGCAGAAGAAAGAAGUAGAAAAUUAACUAACAAUGUUGUUGGAAUUCUUUCUUCUUUGGAACAACGUCUUGCAACAUUACGACGUACUAUACUUCCUGUUUAUAAUGAAACAGGGAAUCUCCAAGCACAACAACAAAAUAUAGAAAGGACUUUGAAUGCAUUAGACCAUGCUAUUGGAUAUUAUGGGGUUUGCCAGGAGGUAGAAGGGGCAGUACAAGCAGGUCCAGGAGGAUCCGGAGGAUUAGACAGUUUGUUAGAAGCAAUGAAUCGUUUAUAUAAUGCACAGCGUUAUUUUCAAAAAAAUAAUCCAAGUUCAGUGGAAUUAGAGAACAUAACAAGUUUAUUUGUUGUUGGACUAGACGCUUUAUAUGCAGAAUUCCAUGAUAUUUUAACUAGGCAAAGUAAACCAAUAUUGCCAAUUGUUCUCUUGGAUUUAAUUGGUUCUGACGAAGAUACUAGUGGCGAAGAUGCGCCGCAAUCGCUUUGUCAAUUACCAGAAAGUAUUCUAGGGGAUUUAUUUAAAAUUUCUGGGUGGCUUGAGGAGAGAGGACACCGUAAACAUGUAAAAAUUUAUGCGUCUGUACGUUCUACAAUUGUUUUACGAUCUUUACAACUGUUAAAAGAACACCAGAGAAGUGCCAGUGGUGGCAGUACACAUGCCGGAAGCCCGUUACCAAAAGCAAAAUUUGCCACCAGACAUUCAUUAGGAGGUCAAGAAGCUAGUGGAAGAAGAGCUUCUAAAAGACUACAGCAUGCUAUUGAGAAGAAAGCUAGUAGAAUGUUAUUAAAGGCUUCUCAAACUACUGGUUUGGGACUAUCCCUGACCGCGUCUAGAAAACCACCGCCACAAUUGUCCGCACAUUCUGUAGAGGAUACAGCGCCAGAUGAACAAGAAAUGGAGAAUUAUCUGUUAUUAACAGUUGGUCUUCACAAGCUUAUGCAAGCGGAACGAUCGUUGGUUGCCAAAAUUUUGCCAGCUACUUUGCAGGCACAGGUUUUAGAAGCCACUGUGCGUGAAGCUAUGGAUCUUGUAGCUCAUGAUGGCGAAAGUAUAGCAACCCGUGCUAAAAGAUGCAUUGUACGGCGUGACUUUUCAGCAGUGUUAGUAAUUUUUCCGAUUUUAAAACAUCUCGGAGAACUAAAACCGGACCUGGAGCGGACUGUUGAAGGCUGCGAUUAUGCUCUCAGGUCAAAAUUCACUUCCGUGCUAAACACUUUAAACGUAACUGGAGCAAAAGCAUUGGAAGACUUUGCGGAAAGUGUUCGGAAUGAAUCCAAUUCUAUUUUACCUAAAGACGGAACUGUAGCAGAAAGUACGAGUAAUGUUUUAGUGUUUUUAGAGCAACUAGCAGAAUAUGCAGAUACUGCGGGAAUUGUUUUAAGGCGUAGUACUGAUAUGGAGGGUACUGUUUCCAUAAAACAAUCUGAAAAUAUGUGUAGGAUUGUUCUCGGAACGUAUAUCAAAAAAGUAUUAGCACAAUUAAAUUUAGCACUUGUAAGUAAAAGUGAUACUUGUUAUUCGGAUGGUGCACUGCGAGCUCUCUUUCGUUUAAAUAAUCAUAAUCACGUCGUAAAUGCACUACGUCGUAGUUCGUUAAUGGAACUACUAUUAUUAGCGGAACCAAGUGCAGAACAAUCAUACCACGACCUUUUAUUACGUGAUAAAAACAAUUACGUCUCGACUACAUUUGCAAAAGCACGCACUUACCUCGAACAACCCAUUGACGAGCCAGAACCAGGAGCAAAAACGUUGAAAGAAAAAUUCUUAGGAUUUACCCGGGAAUUAGAGGAGGUCGCAAAGUGUCAGCGCUCUUAUUCGGUGCCUGAUGCUCGAUUUCGAGUCAUUGUCCCCCUUUACACUCUCUUUCAUAACAAAUACCGUGGAAUAUCGUUUUCCAAGAAUCCAGCUAAAUAUAUAAAAUAUACUCCCGAACAGAUAUCCGCACUGAUCGAUACGUUCUUUGACACGACAGCAUAAUGAAUAACUAGAAAAAUUUAAUAAACACCCAUUUAAUAAAGCAUAUUUAGUUACAUUAUUUAUGAUAUUUUUUUUUUAUGGACUGAAUCCCCGUUCCCCGGAUAGAUUGCACAGGUCAGUGGAUCUGCGACGAUUGAAAUAGAUCUCGGUCCAGCCCCACUUUAUAUAUAUUUAUAAUAUAUAUAUAAAAAACAAGUAACGUUCGAUUUAGAUUCAGCAGCUUAUACAUGUAAAAUGAUAGUAAUAGGAAUACAGUUUGAACUUUUACCAUUUAUGUACAAUUACUUGUUAUAUAGAAUAAUUCCUUUUUCCGUCUUUCUCUCUUGGCUUUUAUAUGCACUCUCAAACAUUCACUCACGCAUACUAUAUUUCCCCACCUCUGAUUAUUAAACUUUUGUAUUUUAUCUGUUCAGCCAUGUUGUGCGCAUAAAUUACAGCAACAUGAAGACGCGGCAAAGAGGCAGAGAAUUAGAAUCGCACUCGUAUUGCUCACCUCUAAAACUUAGAUGACUAUCUUAUACCAUGGUAUGUAUGUAGUAAUAUCAACCAAUUUAGUUAAAGAUGGAAGUCAUUUUAUGUGAUUUGCAACUGUACAUUUACUACGAAAGAUACAGAUUUGUAUAUAUUGCUAACUGGCUCCAAGCGGAAUUAUUAGCUGGA